UUGGGGCAAUGCAGAAAAUGAAUAAAAAAGUUUUAGUUAAGAAUCCUUGUUCAUUCUGGACAAAACUUCCAGCUCUUACAAUUCCAGAUUUUGACUGAAAAACUGGAUCCUGUUUUGUCAAGAUGGUGCUGCUGGAGAGCAAGCAGUUCCUGACCGAGCUGACCAAGCUCUUCGAGAAGUGCUGGACUUCGGGCAGUGUGUUCAUCUCCCUGAAGAAAUACGAUGGUCGAACUGGAUCCAUCCCAGAGAAGGGCUCUGUGGAGGGCUUUGAGCCUGCAGACAACAAACGUGUGUUGAGAGCGAUAGAUGGGAAAAAGAUCAGCACUGUGGCGAGCUCUGAAGAAGUGAGUAAGCUUCAGAUGGCCUGUUUGAACCUGCUGAGAGCAAACGUGGAGGGGCUGAAGAAGAGAGACAAGAAGUACAAGAGUAAGAAGGCCAGAACAGCACAGUGAAGGGCUCAGGGU